AUGUUAAUUUUAAGAUAUAUAAUAGAUUAUAAACAAUUACAUGUUUAUUUUUUAAAUAAGAGCAAUAUUUUUUGCUUGAACUUACCUUUAAGGAUAGCUUUUUUUUCACAUUUGUCGUUAAUUUAUAAGGAUAAAUUCAAAAUAGGAAAUUUGGCGGAUUUAGAUAAAUUUCUAAUAAAAGCUAAUGAUACGGAUUCAUCUCGAAAAGAAGAUAUAAAUGAAAGUGUUUUUGAUGAAGAUAGUUCGAUAUCAUUGGAUUUGAACCCAAAAAGCUCGCUGCUAUCUAAUACAUUUACAGAAAUUAUAAAUAAACCAUUUCAUUAUAAUUCUUCCCAAACUAAGGAGAAAAUAUAUCAUUUACAUGCUUAUUGUUCAGAUAAUAAUACUAUUAUUACACUGACUAAUUCACAUUAUAAUCCUGUUAUUUGUAUUUCGAGUGGUAUGGUUGGUUUUAAGAAGGCUCAAAGAGGAGGAUAUGAAGCUGGAUACCAAGUAUGUAUGUCUUUAUUUAAAAAAAUGAUGCAAAAGGAUAUUUAUCCAACACAAUUUGAAAUUAUUCUUCGAGGCUUUGGUAAAGGUAGAGAAGCAAUAUUUAAAUGUGUUAAUGGGAUAGAAGGGUUACCUUUUAAAUCUUCUGUAUCUCGUAUUACAGAUGCAACAAGAAUAAAUUUUGGUGGUGUAAGAGGUAGAAAAGUCAGAAGAUUAUAAUAUAUAUACAUUAUC